ACUCUCUCGUGGGACGUGUGGGAGAUGAGGCCCGAGACGCGGGUUUGGAGGAAGGCGUUUAGCGUCGAUUUGGAGAAGGAGAGGUGGAGAUUUGAAGAGGUGUUUUUAUAUGAAGAUGAUGGGCUUACUCCAGUCGGUAGGCUAAACUACCCGGAGGGGAUGGUCUUUGCUCCGAGUAGAGGUCGGUAUUGCAUCUUGUACUGGGUUCGUAUGCGUGAGAUUGAGUCGAUUGAUCUACCUAGGCUUGCUAAAUACUAUAAGUAUUGGUCUUAUCAAAGUAGUCUAGUGCCACCCCGAAGAAAGUUAGAUAUAUUGAGGUUGUGUUUGCAACCCUCUAUGAUCUUACAAUGGAGAAUGGAUUACCAGAGCGACCCGAAGCUCGCCGUCACCACCCAAUCGCCGGCCGGAGUUAUGGCGAGAUGCAAUCGUACUCCAAACAUAGAGUCCCUUACCGAAGAUUUGCUAUUCGACAUCCUCAUUCGCCUCACCUCUCGUGAUAUCCGUAACUCGGCAAGGCUCGUCUGCCGCAAGUGGGCCCAUUCGACCCGCUCUCUCGACUUCACACGCUUGCACCACAAUCGUGCGGCUGCCACUGGGCUCCUCUUGCAAAAUACGAGAGUCCCUAAGGAUUUGAUUUUUAUCUCCGGUAGUCGAGGCCGGGUGGAGAAAUCCCGGGCCCGCUACAGAUCGGGCCCGCAUAUCUUGGGCACCUCUCAUGGCCUUGUUGUGGUGAACACUUACACUUACACGCCGUUGGAUUUCGAUCCGUGUACUCUCCGCAUCAUGAAUCCCGGGACCUCCGAGUACAUCGAACUCCCUCCGCAUUUCGGUAGAGAAAACUCGAGAAAUAACACUUGUUUGACAUAUGCGGCGGCCUCUAUGGAGUACAAAGUGGUCCAAGUGUGCAAUAAAUUAGCGAAAGGUAGCGGAGCCUUACUUUACGAGUGCGACAUACUGAGUGUGGGGUCUUACGACGACGGCGACACGUGGAGGCACGUGCGCACGGACCACUUGUCUCGUGAGGCGAAGAGCCUGUUGUCGAUGGGUCCCCCGAUGUCGACCGAAGGUUUCGUGCACUGGGUCCCGUAUAGUGGGGGAUCGACUGUUUUGACCCUCGAUGCAGAAACCGAGGUUUUGACCGAGUCGCCCAUGCCUAAUUUAGGUCAUUUGGGGAAGAAGAAGUUUUUUUUAGUGUCGGGAGGGAAGGAUUUGACGCUUGUGGUGAAGCUCGGGAGGUUGUCGUGGGACGUGUGGGAGAUGAAUCCCGAGACGGGAGUUUGGAGGAAGGCGUUUAGCGUCGAUCUGGAGAAGGAGAAGUGGAGAUUUGAAGAAAAGUUUGUGUAUGAAGAUGAUCUGGUUGUUCCAGUCGGUUGGUUAAACUACCCGGAGGGGAUGGUGUUUGCUCCAAAUAGAGGUCGAUAUUGCAUCUUGUACUGGGUUGGUACGGGUGAGAUUGAGUCGAUUGAUCUACCUACGCUUGCUAAAUGCUAUAAGUAUUGGUCUCAUCAGAGUAGUCUAGUGCCACCUCCAGAAAUGUGA